ACAAGACUCUCUCUCUCUAUAUAAAGAACCUAGAUCGCAUGGGAUAAUUGUACUUUGGUUGAAGAACGAGGGCAUAAUUAAGAAUAUAAAAUGGAAUUCAUCGGCAAAUUGCUGUUACAUAUUAUAUUAUUGAUAUCAUUGGAGGGUGCUACAAGUUGGCUAAUGGAACAUGAGAAUUUUACUCUCCCUUCCAAUUGUUCCAAAACAUGUGGUGAUAUACAAAUUGAGUAUCCUUUUGGCAUUGGCACUGAUUGUUCUUAUGCUGUUGGAUUUAAUCUUACUUGUUCACAAGACCAGGAUCAUCCAAGACUCUUGUUAGGAGAUGGCAAUAUCCAAGUAAGAUCUUUUGAUAUGAAAAAGGGGCUGGUCAUCAUUGAAUCACCAUAUGCCACAUUGGAUGUGGAUGCACAAUCUAAUCACACUGCCUUGAUCAAUCUUAAGGAUUCACCUCUGUCUUUUGGAUUACAUUCAACUGAUGAUUUUGGAAGCUCAUUUGGAUAUAACAUAUUGCAUGUGGCCGGUUGUAGUGUUACUGCCAUUAUUGUUGAUUUGGAUACCAAUAGUGCGAUAGAUGCUUGCACUACAAUAUGCUCCAGUACCAUCAACACUUCAACUACUCAGCAGAUAUAUAUGUCUAGAAAUGAAUAUUGUAGCAUUGACUUGUAUAGUGUAAGAUUUAGCAAUCUUUCAUUGGCCAUUCAGUUAAAUCGACUUGAUGAGAAAAUGGAUCAUAUGCUCAUCAAUAGCACCUCCAGCAUCAUAGCCACCAUAUUUGAUGAUGACUUAAUUGAUUAUGUUGACUUCCAAAGAUUUAUAGACGAUACGAAUAGAACUGGAAUGAUGGCCUCUCUCGCUUGGUACUUCAAUGACUAUUCAACAUGCAAAGAGGCUAUGGAGAGGACCAACACUUAUGCAUGUCGUAGUGAUAAAAGUGAAUGUUAUGAUGUCGUCCUUUAUGAAGAAACCAGUGGCUACAAUUGUCGAUGUUCUUCAGAUUAUGUGGGCAAUCCCUACCUGCAUGAUGGUUGUAAAUUAGAUAAAAAUUUUACAUUCACUCCUGCAAAAGAUUGUCAACCCAAAUGCGGAAAUGUUACAAUUUCCUUUCCCUUCGGGCUACAACAAGGUUGUUAUCGAGACGAAGACUUUGCUCUAACAUGCAAUGAAACUUCCAGCCCUCCAACUCUCCUAUUCGGUGAUUCUGUAGUGAGCAACAUUUCAUUGAAGGAAGGCCAACUGGAGUAUAUUUAUUUAUCCUAUUCAGAUAAUAGAAAUUCACAUUUCACUUCCUCGAAGGCUCAGAAGGAUCAGACAAUCAUGGAUUGGGUAAUAGACAACCAAUCUUGCAAGGAUGCUGCAAAAGACAACGCCACCUUCGCAUGUAUCUAUGAAAACAGCUCAUGUUUGGAUGUAAAAAAUGAAGGGUAUAGAUGCAUAUGCAAACAUGGUUACGAUGGGAUUAAUCCUUACCUUCCUUUUCCUGACGGAUGUCAAGGUGAUAGAGUUGGCUGGAAACACCGCUAUAGGGAUAAUAAGAACCGCAUCAUUUAGUUGGCCGUGAAGAACAAUGAAGACUUGGCAAGCUCCUAGACGGUGUGACAAUUUCCAGUGGUGGGGUCGUACCCGAUAUCCACCAGGCUUCAUUGCCCUAGAAGCAAGGCGGAGGGAAGGGUAAAGUUGAGAUCGGAUCAGCCUCACAAGAAUUCUAGGCUCUUUUUUUUUUUUUUU